AUGAUUUUUAAUCAAAACCAAUUAGAAGAUCAGUAUGGUAGGACACCAAGCAACGCAAGCACUUUAGAGGCAUUUAGAGAAGAAGAUUCAGAAGUCAUGGAAAAGUGCCCAGAAGAUCGGCCGUUGAGUUUUAGUGGCGAAGUCUAUUGCAUAUCAGAUUUACAAAUCGAGGAUAAAAUAGUAUUUUUAGUCCUUGACACAAGAGAAGGAAUUUUUAAGCACUAUAGCUCAAGGAUCCAAUACAUGGAUGAAGAGCCACCUGAUAUAUCAUUUCCUAUAAGAGAAAUUCAAAAUGUGAGAAAUACAGUGAAUUCAAGUAUAGAAGGCAAAUUUUUCUUUGUAAUAGAAACUCCAGAAAAUAGCUUACUAUCCUACUUGAUAGUGAGCAGCAAUUAAUGGGGCUAAUUAUAAAUUUAAACCAUAUCUUUGAUUUAAUUUAGAGAAUAUUCAAACAUAUAGUUAUUUAAAAAACAUUGCAAAAUAAAAUAAUCUUUGUAUAGCCCAAAAAAAUCCAUUUGUUUUUAUUAAAAGGAGGAUUUAGAAUAUUAUUGUCAAUAUCUAGAUAUGACUGUCGAGUGAACUAAUAGAGUGAGAGAAGCAGUUGAUUUCUUUCAUAUGCUUUCAAACCACAGGAGUAGGGAAGAAGAAGAAUUAAAAGAAGCCAGAAAUACCUUAAUGGGGAAAAGAUUUAAAAGGCAUGAAGAAGAGUUGCUGGGUGAAGAGAACCCGCAGCUGAGCCUUCAAAGUUUUGAAGUUCUGGAAGAUAUCGGCACUGGAAGCUUUGGCAAAGUUUGCAAAGUUUUGAAAAAGUCUACAAACGAAAUUUUUGCUCUAAAAUCCUUGAAUAAAAACACUUUGAAAAUCAAAAAACAAGAAAAAUAUGCCAGAGCUGAGUGCAAAAUUUUAAAAAAUAUUCGGCAUCCCUUUAUAGUCCCGCUAUAUUCAGUUUUUCAAAGCCCAAAAUGCAUUUUUAUGGUGCUAGAAUUUUGCCAAUUUGGGGAUUUUUCUCGCCUUUUAAGCGUAAUGAAGCAGCUUAAAGAUCAGCAAGCGAAAUUCUACAUAGCAGAAGUAAUUCUAGCAAUUGAAUAUUUGCAUUCACUUAAUAUUGUGUAUAGAGAUUUAAAGCCCUCAAACUUACUAAUAGACAGCCAAGGGCACAUAAAAUUGUCUGAUUUUGGUCUUGCAAAGCAAAAUGUGACUGAAGACAACCCAGCCAUGUCGUUUUGUGGGUCCCCUGCUUACCUUGCGCCUGAAAUGAUAGCAAGAGCUGGUGCUGGAAAGCCAGCAGAUAUUUAUUGUAUAGGAGCCAAUUUGUAUGAGAUGCUUACUGGUCAGCCUCCUUUUUAUACUGAAGAUGUUAUGGUUCUCUACAAAAGAAUUGCCAAUGCAAGGAUCCGCUUUCCCAAUGAUAUAAGUGAAAGUGCAAAAGAUUUGAUUCAACAAAUGAUGAAAAGAAUUCCAGAAGAAAGGCCUACAGUUUCCCAGCUGAAGAGGCACAAAUAUUUCAAAGGAAUCAACUGGGACCAUCUUUUGCUAACUCCCCCCCCGUGAGCGAACAAACCGUUAGAAAAAUCCUAUUUUUUUUCCCAAAAACCCACCCUCCUAAGCGAACCAAAAAAAUUUAAUAGAAAAUUUUUUAUGAAUAAAAAAUUUGAUAUAUAAAUGAUAAUUAGUAUAAUAAAUCUGGAGCUAAUUCUGUUUAUUUUAAAUAAAUCGCUUUAAAACAUAAAUUUUAUAAAUUAAUUUAAUAUUUGCUUUCCAAUUUUACGAAUUAAGUUUUUUUAAAAUUUCGAAAAAAAAAAAUUUUCCAUAAAAUUUAUAGUUAGAUAGGAUGACUGGAACUGGGCUUUUUUGGAGGUCGGGAAGCCAAAAAAGCCCCAUUCCAGUCAUCCUAUCUAACUAUAUAUAAAAAAACAAAAUUAACCCCCCUCCAUGAGCAAACAAGAUUUUUUGGUUCGCUCAUGGAGGGAGUAAAAAAAUAAAACCGCCUCUUUCCUCAGAAGAACUCACUUAUCUCCUAGCAGCCGAAAGCAGCAUUGAGCCUAGCUGUGAUGAGUAG